AUGCCUCGAAAUCUUGCAGGCCCUCGCCGGUACAGAAAGCUACUGCUAGUCGUCGCCGCGUUGCUGGUCGUCGCGGCCAGAUUCUUUCAUCUCUCGACGGAAGAGAACCCCACCACACAACCCGCGGGAGAAGGACCCUAUCAAGUCCGCCGCGUGGUCGACGGGGAUACGCUCUUGCUGGAAGACGGCACGCGAGUUCGCCUCAUUGGCGUGAACACCCCCGAAAUGAGAACCGACAACGGUGGCCCCCAACCCUGGGCAGUCGAAGCCACCGAGUUCACCGAAUCGUUUGUUAACGGCAAAGAGAUCCGCCUGCAGUUCGACCGCGAACGAUUGGACCCCUACGAACGCACCCUGGCCUACGUCUGGGUCGGCGAUCAGAUGCUCAACGAAGAACUCGUACGAGCGGGGCUCGCCCACGUGCCUGGACACUAUCGCUACUCCUCUUCGAUGCGGCGCCGUUUCGAACAGUUGCUCGACGAAGCCCGCGCCGCCGGGCGGUGCAAAUCGACUGUUAGAAUUUGGCGUUUUCGAGCAGAGUCGCAUCAAAUUCAGACGGAUAUUCUGGGGAGAUUCACGUUGGCUGAGAAAUCGACCACUAAGAUCGCCGUGAUCGGCGGAGACGGCACCGGACCUGAAGUUGCCGCCGAAGCGGUAAAAGUGCUGAAUGCCGUGGCUUCGCUCGAAGGGUUCGACGUCGAACUGACCGAUAUCGACUACGGCGGCGAUCGCUAUCUCCGCACCGGCGAAAUCCUGCCCGAAGGGGCCGUCGAUUACUUGCGACAGUUCGAUGCCAUUCUGCUGGGUGCCGUCGGCCAUCCCGACGUUCCGCCCGGAAUUAUCGAAAAGGGCCUGCUGCUGGAAUUGCGGUUCCAACUCGACCAAUACAUCAAUCUCCGCCCGGUGAAGCUCUUGCCCGGCGUCGAUACCCCGCUCAAAGACAAAGGUCCCGACGACAUCGAUUUCGUCGUGGUCCGCGAAAACACCGAAGAUCUUUACGCUGGCAUCGGGGGCUUCCUCAAGAAGAACACUCCCGACGAAGUGGCCACCCAAACCGCGAUCUACAGCCGCAAGGGCGUCGACCGCUGCCUGCGUUAUGCGUUCGAGUACACGCGGCGUCGCAACAAGAAGAAGAUGCUCACGCUGGUCGCCAAGACCAAUGUGCUCACCUACGGUCACGACCUGUGGCAACGGGCCUUCGACGAAAUGGCCAAGGAAUACCCAGACGUCACGCCCGACUACAACCACGUCGACGCCUGCUGCAUGUGGAUGGUGAAGAACCCCGAGUAUUACGACGUGAUCGUCACCACGAACAUGUUCGGCGACAUCAUCACCGACCUGGCCGGCAUCCUCCAGGGCGGAAUGGGCGUCGCGGCCGGAGGGAACAUCAACCCCGAUCCCGGCGGCACCAGCAUGUUCGAGCCCAUGGGCGGUAGUGCUCCCAAGUACACCGGCAAGAACGUCAUCAACCCCAUCGCCACGAUCAACGCCAUGGCCAUGCUGCUCGAGCAAACCGGCCACCAGUCGGCCGCCGACCGCGUGACCAAGGCCGUGCAGUCUGUAACCGGCACCAAGAUGAAAAGCCAGGCUGCCGGCCGCAUGGGCUACUCGACCACCGAAGUCGGCGAUCUCGCCACCGUGUACGACUGGCUUCUCCAUGGCGGCACGGUAAUCGAUGGCUCGGGCGAUCCCCGCUUCGAAGCCGAUGUAGCCAUCGAGGGCGAUCGGAUUGUCCGCCUCGCCCGCGGCGAAAAUAUCGAAGCACAGCAAGCGAUCGACUGCACCGGCAUGGUCGUCGCCCCCGGGUUCGUCGAUGUCCACAAUCACGACGAGGGCUGGCUUCUAAAGACGACCAACCUCGCUCCCAAGACCUCGCAAGGUAUCACCAGCGAAGUCUUGAUGAGCGACGGCAUUUCGUAUGCUCCUCUCACGCCUGAACUCGCUCCCGACUGGUUUGUCUACCUCCGCUCACUUAAUGGGCUGCGGCUCUGCGACUACGAAGGCUGGCAAUCGCUCGACGACUACAUGUCGUUGCUCGAUCGUCGCACUGCGCAGAACACCAUCACGCAGAUUCCCUACGCCAAUCUACGCGUACUUGCAGCCGGGUGGGGUGAUGGCCUGCUGAACGAUAUGCAGCGGAUGGCCGUUCGCCGCUAUGUUCAGCAAGGCAUGGAAGCCGGCGCCGUCGGUAUCUCAACCGGGCUGGACUAUGUCGCCCAGUUCUUCUCCACCACAGACGAACUCGUCGACGCCGCCAGCGCGAUGGCCCCCUACGACGGACUCUAUGUCACGCACGUUCGCUACAAAGAUGGGCUCCUGCCCGCCGUGCAAGAGGCCGUCGACAUCGCCCGCCGUGCCAACGUCAAGCUGCACGUCUCGCAUUUGAAGGGCCUCACACCUGAAGACACCGACCGGUUGCUCGAGUACAUCGACGAAGUUGCCGUCCACCAAGUCGACUUUUCGUUCGACGUGUACCCUUAUCUGCCCGGCUCAACCAUGCUCAGCGGGCAGGUACCCUACGAAGCCUGGAUCGACGGUCCCCUCGGCGUCAUCUCUCACCUUCGUGACCCGGCGAUACGCACCCGCUUCGCCCAGCACUUGGCCGAACUUCCAUUGGAUCGAUUGGUCAUCGCCUGGGUAGCCACCCGCGACAACGCCCCGCACAUCGGACAAUCGCUAGCCGAGUUCGUCGAAUUGCGAAAACAGCCCGCGGUCGAUGCGUUGCUGGACCUACUGAUCGAAGAGAAUCUGGCCGUCACGUUCGUCUACCGCUUCGGCGACGAUCGGAUCAUGGAGCCCAUGCUGGCCCACCCGAAGUGCCUCUUCGGCUCGGACGGAAUCUUCUUCGCCGAUGGAACUGUACACCCCAGAGUCUAUGGCUCCGCCCCGCGCAUUCUCGGCCCUAUGGUUCGCAAUCGUAAGCUCUUCAACCUCGAAACCGCCGUCCGCCGGUUGAGUGGAGCGCCGGCCGAACGUUUCGGACUGGUUGAUCGCGGCUUUGUACGGGAAGGAGCCUUCGCCGACUUGGUGGUGUUCGAUGAGCAAACCGUCACCGAUCGGGCGACCUUCGAACAGCCGCACCAGUUCUGCGAAGGAAUCUCUCACGUCCUGGUGAAUGGUCAACUGGUGAUCGACCAACAGCAACCAGUGACGGAGACCACUUCGAUGGAAGGCACGAUGUUUGAUCUUACCGACCGCGUGGCGUUGGUCACCGGGGGUAGCAAGGGGCUGGGUAAGGCUAUGGCCACGGCGUUUGCCGAAGCCGGGGCCGACGUGAUCAUCACCAGCCGCCACGAGACCGAACUGCAAGCCGCGCAGACCGAGAUCUCAAAAACCGCCAAGGGACGGGUCAGCUUCAUCGUGGCCGACAUGACCGACCGCCAGGCCGUGCGAGGGCUGAUAGAAAAAGCACUCUCUUCGAUGGGGCAUAUCGACAUCGUGGUCAACAACGCCGGGGGGAACGAACCGCAGGCCAUCGAUGCAAUCACCGACGAGAGCUGGGACAAAAUCAUCGAGCUGAACCUGACCAGUUGCAUGGAACUCACGCGGGGCCUGGUUCCGCAAAUGAAAGAGCGCCGCUGGGGGCGGAUCAUUCACAUCUCUUCGAUCAUGGGCCUGGCUUCGAAAGAAGGUCGCAACUCGUACUCGGCCACCAAGGCAGCCCUAAUCGGCAUGGCGAAAGCCAGCGCCCUGGAUCUCGGCUCCUUCGGCAUCACCGUCAAUUGCCUCGCACCCGGACCUUUCCUCACCGAUCUGCCCGGCAGCUUGCUCACCGAUGAACAGAAAGCCCAAUUUGCCGACCGAACCGCUCUGGGCCGUUGGGGCGAUCCCAAAGAACUCGCCGGCCCUGCCCUGCUACUCGCCAGCGAAGCCGGCAGCUACAUCACCGGCCAACAAAAGCACGAACAGCCCUCCCACAAGAGUCAUCCCAUGCCCGACAACAGCCUGCCCGGCCGCAACGCGUUCCCGCGGUUUCUCGCCAUCCCCACGCGAUGGAUGGACAACGACAUCUACGGGCACGUGAACAACGUGGUCUACUACUCGUACUUCGACACGGUGAUCAACGAGUUCCUCAUCAACCACGGCGGUCUCGACAUCGCCCGCGGACCAGCCAUCGGCCUCUGCGUCGAAAGCAAAUGCCAAUUCCACCGCGAACUAACCUUCCCCGAAACCAUCGACGCCGGCCUCCGCGUCACCAAACUCGGCACCACCAGCGUCCGCUACGAAAUCGGCCUGUUUCGACAAGGCGAAGACACCCCCGCCGCCACCGGCUACUUCGUGCACGUAUUUGUCGACCGGGAGAGUAGGAAGCCAACACCCGUACCAGAGGGGAUACGGGGGGCGCUCGAGAAGCUAGGUUAA